AGCACGAAAGAGAGCCCCAGACAGUUUUGAACUUUUCAAAGACCGCUUUUGCUGUUAAGAAGUUUUGUUUAAAGCUAAGGAGCUAACCCACUCACCAAGAUGUGCAAAGGACUUGCAGCUUUGCCCCACUCAUGCCUGGAAAGGGCCAAGGAGAUUAAGAUCAAGUUGGGAAUUCUUCUCCAGAAGCCAGACUCAGCUGUUGACCUUGUCAUUCCGUAUAAUGAGAAGCAGGAGAAACCAGCCAAGACCCAGAAACCCUCGCUGGAUGAGGCUCUGCAGUGGCAAGAUUCCCUGGACAAGCUCCUGCAGAACAGCUAUGGGCUUGCCACUUUCAAAAGUUUCUUGAAGUCUGAAUUCAGUGAAGAAAAUCUUGAGUUUUGGAUUGCCUGUGAGGACUACAAGAAGAUCAAGUCCCCUGCCAAGAUGGCUGAGAAAGCAAAGGAAAUUUAUGAAGAAUUCAUCCAAUCAGAGGCUCCUAAAGAGGUGAAUAUUGAUUACUUCACUAAAGACAUCACAAUGAAGAACCUGGUGGAGCCUUCCUUAAGCAGUUUUGAUGUAGCCCAGAAGAGGAUCCACGCCCUGAUGGAAAAGGAUUCGCUGCCACGCUUUGUGCGCUCAGAAUUUUAUCAGGAGUUAGUCAAGUAAAAAAUAUGGCGAGGCUGUUAAGAUCAUCUUGGGAGUUAUAUCCUCCAUGACCACACUGCAUUUUUCCAAUAACCUAUAUAUCUUCACAUUGGGUUGCUCAAAAAUACUCAAACCUGGAAAAUCACAAGAAGUAUUGCAUGUGCUAUUUGCACACGUUGUUUUGGAUAUGGAUCUGCUGUCCUUCCCAGUGCUUUCCUUGUCUUUUCUUUGUGUCUCAUUCCUAAUAAAGCUCUAUCCAGCAAUUCUUUCGGCCUCAGUCAGAAUCAGAAUUCUGCCUAAGAAAAAAUUACAUAAGAAGAAGAUACGGCAUCAUCCAGUGUGGGUUUAGACAGACAAUGAUCACCACCUAAAUAAGUCUAAUAAAGAAUAUGGAUGUGUAAGACCAAUUUCAAAAGGGAGCUUAAGUGAUCUAGUGUAUUGCCUGGAUCUUGUUCAAGGAGACCACCUCUUAAUUACUUCUGAAUCUGGUUAGAAAAUACAUUAUUUAAAGAUUGAUCUUUCCCUUAAAGUAUCUUGCCAGUUACAAAUACUAUAGAGAUAUAAUAAAUAUAAUAUGUUUAUACAAAAGCAACCUGAAUACAACUCAUGUUAAUUCAUAAUUACCUCCUUCACUGUCUUCCCUGUAAACUUACCAAAUUCUGUUUUAAAUCUAUGACUUAAAAUCACCAGUGGACUAUCUACAAAUUUAUCUGUGUCCCUAGGUUAUAAGCCAAAAGUUUUAAUUUCAAGUAACUGAAACCCUUGUGAGGAUACAAUUAGCUCAAAAAUUUCUAGCUCCAGUCAUAUAAAUUAGAACUGUUGCCAUGCAUGAGUGAUUUCCCACCUCAAUAUCAAAAGGACAAUACACUAAAAAAGAAAAACAUUGUUAAAUUUAAAAUGGCUAAUUACCAAGAAAUAGAUGCCCUCUAUUUUUUGCAAAGAUAAUUUUCUUCAAAAAUAAAAUUAUAUUUAGAAAAAUUAAUGUGAUUCUGUGAAGGCUCUCUAUGUGAGACAGAAUUUUCAAAUACCCUGAAUUUUGUAAAAUAUUGUGAUUUUCUAGCAACCCAUAUUCCCACACUCUUGCUUCCUGCAAUAGUAGCCUAUAAUUAUAGUCAGAAGUUCAGAUUUAUAUUCCUGACAUGCCUCAUACACAACUAAUCUGUAGGUCGUGAUACUUUCAGUAGGUUUAAACUAAUUCUGUUUCAUUAUUACAAGUCCUGCUAGAAUCUUUCUGUUAUUUUUAAUAAAUUUAAUUAAAUAAUGACUCACAUAAGUUAGUAGUAAAUUGAAUGAAAUUGAAUCAUGUAUGAGGGUAGUAAGUUAAGGGAAUUGAGUGCAUUAAUAAGCAAGAAAGUGGCUUUUAGAAGAUUACUAAAACUCUGAAAUGUUUAAGUAGAGGGUUACAUCAUUUAGUCAUAUAGUUUCUACUUUUUUGCUCCUUUUUAUUUGCACACUUUUAGUAUGUAUGUAGCUCAUUCAGUUAUUUCCUAGCAGUAUUGUAAGUGAAACAGUUAUAUUACUCUGUUCUUUGGUAAACACUGACUGUGUGGCUGGUUUUCUUUUUUUAAAAAAAGGAUAACAUGUCUGAAUAGUCUGACAUUUCACAUUCUGAAAAUAGUGUAGAGUGACUGGGUCUCCAACAACUGAAAUUGGUAUAAAUUUCCUUCCUUCUCAUCCAUGUUGCCGACUUUCAAGAAACUCCUAGUGAGUCAGUCCACAACCAAGCGGGGUCAAUAUCGGAAACAUAAAAAAGUUCUUGUCCCACAUAUUUGUUCAAGACUGACAGAAGCUCAGAUCAAACAUUUCAGGUUGUCCUUCAGCACUCUCUUUCUUAACACCUGUCUGCCAACAAUCAGUCAGACAAGUGCCAGCCCUUGAUUUUCUCAUGCAGCUAGAAAUGUUAGAAACCAAAGAGUCUAGGUGAGUUAUUUCUUUCUUGAAUGCUAAACAUUUUGAGAAAAAAAGUAAUUAAAAUUUUAAUGUUGUAUUCAUAUUAUUUGAAAGACAAAAGUGUUUUAAAGUACCCAAAGAAUAAAUUAGAUAUCAGAGAUCUCAUCCAGGAGUUGCUGUUAGAAAGCCUUCCAGUGACCUUAUUCACCAACACAUUGCAUACCCCAUGCAUGUGGCUGGACUUGUCAGCACAGGGUGAGAAGGGCCUCAGCCUUGCAUCAGCUGACCCAGGGGGCAAAGGGCAUGAGAGGCACUGGAAGGGCCCUGUUGUAAAACCUGCAAAAAGAUGGAAAGAAGUAAUAUCCUCCAGCUAAAAGGUAACAUUAUUUCCAUAUAUCUAUCUAUAUCUAUAGAACUACAUGUAAUUUUACACUUAAAGUAUUUUAUAUAUAUACACACACAUAUAUUUGAAAUUAUUCUAACACGUAGAAAUAAAUUACAUAAAAGUGAUAUAGUGUUUCUGCCAAAAUGAGAAACCUAUUGCCCUAUUUUUUGUAAAACUUGUCAAAGAUUUUUUAAAGGUACAGGGAGAAAAGCCCUGUGUAAGUGGUACUUUCCAAGGUUACACCAAAAUUGUUUUUCUAGGUCUGUGAAAUUAGAAACAGAGGGAUGAUCUUUAUAGGGAAAAAUGUAUUACAUCUAUUUAUUAUCCCUUUUGCCAUCUCCUCUUUCCUCUACUUUCCCUUUCCUGGGACAGUAGGAAAUUUAAUGCAAAAGCCUGUGGUACUCAUAUUUUCUUUCCCUGUGGAAAUGGAACCAAAAUUGUAAGUGGAUUUGGAAGCAGGAAUUGUGGUGGAACUACGUUGUGGUCAGUGGAAGUAGGAGAGUAUGGACCUCGUUCUAGUAUUAGCCCAGGGGAUGCCAGUGACCUAAGAGUUUCUGCCUGGGUUUGAUACAAUUUGUGUUGGAUCAGACAAAGAUUUAAAUCAGACCAGGA